AUGGGCGAGGAAACCAGACACAGAGAGCCGGACUGGGCAGUCAGACAGCAAGUACUGUUCUUUCCGUUCUUAUUAUCUUUGUUCGGCCGGGCUGUCUCGGAGCAGAUUAGUUAUUCGAUUCCUGAAGAAAUGGCCAAAGGUUCCCUUGUGGGGAAUCUCGUCAAGGAUUUGGGACUGAAUGUGGGAGAACUGCCUCAGCGAAAGCUUAGAGUUGUCUCUGGUUUUGAAAAGCAAUACUUCGCUGCUAACUCAGAAAAUGGAAAUCUGAUUGUACAUGAAAGGAUAGAUCGAGAGGGAAUAUGUGGGGAAGCAUCUCUUUGUGUCCUCAGUUUUCAGUCGGUUGUGCAAAAUCCUUUUAAUGUUUUUCACGUGAAUGUUGAGGUCCAGGACAUUAAUGACAAUGCACCGCGGUUCAAUACUGAAUAUAUUGAUUUAGAAAUUAUUGAAUCCACGCUGCCGGGUGCGCGAUUUCCACUAGGAACGGGAAGAGAUCCAGAUGUAGGCACUAAUUCACUACAAACUUACCAGCUCAGCCUCAAUCGGUAUUUUACCCUGGCGGUGAAAGAAAGCCCGGAUGGCAGUAAACAGGCUGAGCUGUUACUGGAGAAACCUUUGGACCGGGAAAAGCAGAGAUACCAUCACUUAGUCCUGACGGCUGUGGAUGGCGGAGAUCCAGUCAGAACCGGUACAACUCAGGUUAGAGUUAAUAUCACUGACGCCAAUGACAAUCCCCCCGUGUUCACUGAAGAGAUCUACAAAGUCAGCCUGAGGGAAAACCUACCAAAGGGCUCCUUAGUGCUUCAGGUGAAAGCUACUGAUACCGACGAGGGUUUAAAUGCAGAAAUCAUGUACUUUUUCAGCAACAUCCCUGACAAUGCUCGUAAAUUAUUCAGUCUGGAUCCCCGAACAGGUGAGAUUACAGUGACGGGUCCUUUGAAUUUCGAAGAGGUGAAAUUUUAUCAGGCGAACGUGGAAGCAAAGGAUGGGGGAGAUCUGACAGCUCAUUCUAAAGUGCAAAUACAGAUCCUUGACGAGAACGAUAACGCCCCUGUGAUUGACUUCACAAUAAUCUCCAAUCCGGUUCCCGAAGACUCUGCCCCCGGGACUGUCCUAGCUCUCCUUAAUGUCCGUGACCGAGAUUCCGGAAAAAACGGAGAGGUUACCUGUGGUGUGGAAGGUAAUGUACCUGUAAUACUAACAUUUUCUUCUAAUAAUUCUUAUAAACUCGUCACCGAAAAUAUUCUGGACAGAGAGACAAUCUCUGAUUAUUCUAUCACAAUCACAGCCACAGACAAAGGCUCUCCCCCUCUCACUACCCAGAAAACCAUCCUGUUGCAGAUCUCGGAUAUCAAUGACAACGCCCCUGUCUUUCAAAAACCUUCAUACACCGCCUAUGUGCCAGAGAACAAUCCCUCAGGGGCCUCUAUUUUCAGUGUAGAAGCCUCAGACCGAGAUCUGGACCGGAACGCCCGAGUCACUUACUCCAUCCUGAGCAGCAGCCUCGAGGAGGUGCCUCUCUCCUCCUACAUCUCCAUUAACUCCCAGACCGGAGCUAUCUAUGCGCAGCGCUCCUUCGACUACGAGCAAUUCCGGGAGUUUGAAGUGCAAGUACAGGCCCCUUCAGUAGCAAUGUCACGUCAGGGUGUUUAUUCUGGAUCGAUGAUACGCCUCCUCGCUCCUGUCCCUUCCUUGGAGCAUCGGCUUCCGCCUGUUCGAAGAUUGGUCCCUGAACCGACGCUGUUCAGCAUGGGGCUGCACACCGGGGAGAUCCGGACAGCCCGCGCCUUUGCGGACAGAGAUGCUGUGAAGCACAGGCUGGUCACCCUGGUGAAGGAUAACGGGCAGCCGCCUCUGUCAGCCACAGUGACUCUCAACCUGGUGUUUGCCGAGAACUUCCAAGAGGCAAUUCCGGAAAUGAGCGACCAAUCGGGUGACUCUGCAUCUCAGUCUGAUUUACAGUUUUACUUGGUGCUGGCUUUAGCCUUGAUCUCAUUUUUGUUCCUUUUAACAAUUGUAGCAGUUCUUAUGAUGAAAUUUCGAAGAUCAGUGAAUCCCACCGUUCUCCAGUGUUUCUCUCCUAGUUUGUACUCUAAAUCCAGUGCCAGAUGCCCACCAAACUAUGGCGACCGGACUUUACCAUAUUCUUAUAACCGAUGUUUAGCCGUAAACUCCGGAAAAAACUAUCUUAAAUUUCUGAAAACGAAAGACCAAACUGUAAUAGCACAGAAUAUCCUUUCGAGUGACAACUCCGGAAUAUUAUUUUUGAGCAAUGACUGCAGCGAACCCAAAUCGGAGAUCAGGGUUCCUGAUAAAGUGAGUUUUGCGUUAGAUGCCUGUUUGUUAUUUGGAGUAUGA